AUGAAGAUGCACAUAUUGAGAAGAUUUUCUGGAUGUGGCCUUAAAACUACGUCUAGAGCAUACCAUUUACUUCCUCAGGGUGCCCUACCUUAUAUCGGAGGUGAGUUCUUGAUAAUCGCAUUGCGUCUAUUUAGUGCCUCCCCAGGAAAAUGGGAAGCUGUGAAAUCAAGCAGCUUUUUCGAAGUUGUUAAUCCUUAUGAUGGUCGAGUGAUAUCCAAAGUAGCCAACUGCACGAUAGACGACGCUCAAAGGGUUCGGCUAAGUCUACAGCCGCAAUUUGAAGUACCCAAUUUUAAGGCAGUUGAAAGUGCGUUGGAAGGUCAUAAGACGUGGGCUAACGAUUACACUGCAAAGCAACGUGGCGCUGUUCUGCACGAAUGGUUCAACAUUCUUGGACAACGAGAGACGGAAUUGGCCACUCUGCUCACCAGAGAGCAAGGGAAGCCGAUCGCUGAAGCGCGUGGAGAAAUUCAGUACUCUGCAUCCUACUUCGACUGGUACGCUGGUGAAGCCAGGAGAAUCUAUGGGCAAGUUGUACCAGCCAUUGCGAAAAACAGAUUGCACUUGCACACGCGGGAACCGAUUGGUGUUGUCGCUUUGAUUUCUCCAUGGAAUUUUCCGACGGCCAUGAUUGCUCGAAAAGCAGCAGCAGCUCUAGCAGUUGGAUGUUCAGUUGUUGUGAAGCCAGCCGAAGAUACACCACUAUCCGCCCUGGCACUAGCGCAGACUGCUGAAGAAGCAGGAGUUCCACCUGGAGUUUUCAAUGUAAUAACUGCAGAUCGCACCCAAACUGCGGAGAUUUCCAAAUUUUUAUGCGAAUCAACAGAUGUGUCGGCUAUCAGUUUCACAGGAAGCACACCAGUUGGAAAGGUUGUUUAUUCUUUCUGAACAUUAUCACUGCGAAGAUUUCUGAAUAACAGAGCUUUUAGGGGGGCAUUUCCCCUUUCCGCGAGAAAGUUUGAGAUUCUUACAACAAUUAAAUUCAAUUCAUCGCUUUUGCCCCUCGGUGUUUGCAGACGCAAGACAAAAUUUCCUGAAAUUAGGUUUGAGUCUGCAAACACCGAGGGGGCAAGAGCGGUAAAUUGAGUAUUGAAUUCUAAUGGGGCUAUUCAGCGUAUGUUUGUUUUCCGUUUUUUUUUUCUUUUUUUUACAUCACUGAAUUGGAUUUUUUGACGAAAAAAAAACAAAAAAAACCAUUUUUUUUCACAGCCUGAAUAACCCCAUAAUAAGACAAUCAUGUAAACGGAGUUGCCUGAGUUUGCCGGCCUGGCCAGUCUGUCAUCUCCAAUGAAACCUAAAAAUUUAAUUCAAAGUUCAGUUGAAUGAAAAACUAAAUGACAAGAACUGCAAAUUUACUUUCGGCGCAGAGAUGGGCGCAGUGCCGGCAGAAUAGAAAUUUUUUCAAAAGUUAUCGGCCGACCGGCUAUCUGCGCCCAUCCUUGUUUCGGCAGACGAUGUUCUAUUAUAGGGGCACCGGACAGAAAGGGCGCGCUGUUCGCAAUCUGGCCGAAUUUCUAGGCCGCGAAGUAAUUUUCCACUGAAAACGUGGCCUAACUUUUCAAACUCGGCCCCGAGGUCGCCCAAUUCGCACAGCAAAAAGAGUUUCUCAACAGAGCGCCAUUUCUGUGCGGUGCCCCUAUAAUACCAAGGUUUUUAAAGUACGGAAGUUAUGAUACUAUCCAUGGAUAGUAUCAUGAUAGUGAUCACUGCUUUCAGUUACUUCUUGCUCAAUCAGCAUCAACUGUGAAACGUGUUUGUCUUGAGCUCGGCGGAAAUGCUCCAUUGAUUGUGUUCGACGAUGCUGACCUUGAUACAGCUGUCAACGUAAGAAAAUAAACACGACGCACUUUCAGCAAGUAACAUACACUGAAUGACUAUCAGAUUUUUGACUCCCAAACUUUUUUGACUGUACGAGAGAGUUGAGCGGAAGUAGAAUUUGAAAGCCCGGAAGACGACAAACGGCAGAAAUUUUUCUUGCGGAAGACGGCAGAAAUUUUUCUUGCGGAAGACGGCAGAAAUUUUUUUACGGAAGACGGCAGACGGAAGAAAAAGUGCACGGAAGACGGAAUUCCGCUCAACACUGACUGUACGACAACGUUUUAGUCAAAAACUACAUUGUUUUAAUUGAGUCUCGAACUCCCGCCUUUUUUGCGUGGGCCGUUUGCUUGACGCCUUUCCGAUGGAACACCAAAGGCCACUUGGCGACUUUCUCGUUUGGAACUCACUAUCAGUGUGAAUAGUCAAAACGUUUGUUGGUCAAAAAUCUGGUAGUCAUUCAGUAUUUACCGAAAAGCAAUAUCAUGUGCAGGGGAGAGCAUCACGAAGUGGAACUGACCGGAAUUGAACUGCUCCGAAAUAUAACUUCCCCGAAGAUAUUCUGUGGCAGUUCUAUUCCGGUCAGUUCCAUAAUAUUCUGUGGCAGUUUUAUUCCUGUCAGUUUCAUUUCGGGGCAGUUCCAUUUCGGCUAGUUCCAUUUCGGUCAGUUUCAUUCCGGGCACAGUUCCAUUUUGGGGCAGUUCUAUUCCUGUCAGUUUCAUUUCGGGAUGCUCUCAUACAGGGAACAAUGGCAACCAAGUUUCGUUGUUCUGGGCAAACGUGUGUGUCAGCAAAUCGGAUUUUUGUCCACGAAAAAGUUCAUGACGAGUACAUUGCGAAAUUAGCUGCAUCAAUGAAGGAAAAACUCGUUCUGGGAGAUGGAGCAGACCCCAAAACAACACAAGGCCCUUUGAUCAACCAAAAAGCCGUUGACAAGUGUGAACUUCUCCUGUCUGACGCUCUCGGCAAAGGUUCCGAACUGAUCUCUGGUGGAACCAGAGGAGAUCACGGAAGUUCUUAUCAACCGACCUUGAUAACUAAUGUGAAGCCGAACACAAACAUUGUAAAUACUGAAAUUUUUGGACCAAUUGUUGCUGUUCAAAAGUACAAUGAUUAUGAUGAAGUUCUGGCCGCGGCUAACAACUGCCGUGUCGGGCUUGCUGGCUACAUUUUCGGUAAAGACACCACACGUCUUCAACGUUUUUCUACAAAAUUGGAAGUCGGAAUGGUCGGCGUGAAUGAAGGUUGUUUUUUGAAUAAAAAUUUCAUAUUCCGAUUUAUAUCUUUAGGAUUAAUUAGCUGCGCUGAGGCUGCGUUCGGUGGUGUUAAAGAAAGUGGAAUCGGGCGUGAAGGAGGAGCUCAAGGAAUCGAUGAGUUCACUCAGUGGAAGUAUAUCUGUACUCAAUAUUAA